GCAAGCCCGCCUCGGUUUCUUUGUGUUCGGCUGUUGGGGCGGUGUGGAAGGGGCGAGGGUUUCCUUAGCUCCGCUGCCGAGGGUGGUUUCUUCCACAGUCUGAAAGCCCCAGCUGCCUGGUGCCAGCCGUGCCUUGAUUCUUCGCCUGCACGUUGCCUGAGAUCGCCAUGUCGCUGGGAUCCAGCCCGGACGCGGGUUUCUCCAGUGAGGAGCUGCUCGCUCUCCGCUUUCCGUUGCACCGCGCCUGCCGCGACGGAGACUUGCCCGCCUUGUGCGCCCUGCUCCAGUGCGCGCCCCGGGAAAGUCUAGCAGCCGAGGACUCCUUCUACGGGUGGACGCCCAUCCACUGGGCCGCGCAUUUCGGAAAGCUGGAAUGUCUAAUCCAGUUAGUGAGAACUGGAGCAACUGUAAAUGCAUGUACAACACGUUUUGCGCAAACCCCAGCCCAUAUUGCUGCUUUUGGAGGACAUCCUCAGUGUCUCAACUGGUUAAUUCAAUCAGGGGCCAACAUAAACAAGCAGGAUUAUGUUGGUGAAACUCCUAUUCACAAAGCAGCCCGAUCUGGUAGUAUGGAAUGCAUAAAUGCUCUUGUGGCUAAUGGAGCUCAAACAGACUUACGAAAUGCCAGUGGCCUGACAGCAGCAGAUCUUGCUCAUACCCAGGGCUUCCAAGAAUGUGCUCAGUUGCUCUUCAACCUUCAGAACUACCCAUUGAACCAUUUCUAUAGCAAUGGCACCUUAAAUGGGGUCCAUCAGAAUACUAGUCAAAGAGGGCCUAGUCGAAAACGAUCUUUUGAAGAUAUGAACAAUUUUGGAAUGAAGAAAGCUAGAACUGAAGAUCAAAGUUUUGAUGGCCUAAUACCAAUGACAAAUGGAGGAAAUGAAGAGGAUGCUAACAAUAUGCAUGUUGAUAGAGAGUUUGCUCUUAUAUCAGAUAUGAAUUGCAGUAACUCCAUAUUGAAAGCAUUGGCCAAUGGAAAUAUCAUCAAUGGACAUUUGGACUUCAGUUCCUCACCACAGCUCAAUGGAUUGAGUUCCAGGCGUGAAGAAUGCCUAACAUUGAUAGUACCUAAUGCACUAAUCUCUGAUCAUAACCAUAUAAUCAAUGAUGGCCAUAGUGUUGAGGAACCAGCAAAGGUUCUAAAUGCUUCUGAUAUGUGUGGUUCUUUACAUCUGAAUGGAAGCCCAAGUAGCCUUGUUUCAAAUAGGCCCCCAUGGUUGGAUGACCUUGGAGAUAGAUUGCACUAUGGACACUACCAUGGUUUUGGAGAUACAGCUGAAAGUAUCCCUGAACUUAACAGCGUUAUUGAGCAUUCCAGUUUGAUUAAAGUUGCAGAAAAGUACGAUAAUACUGUUUUAGGUACAAUGUAUCUUUAUCAUGGUUCCUGAAUUAUUAAAAGACACAUUUUCUGGAUGUUAAUAUACUUUGAAAUAGUAAUACAAAUAAUGGAAUUGGUAUGGUAACACCUGAAGAUGCAGGAUUUUUUUUGAUUACAUAUUACUAAAAGCAUUUGACACAACAGCCUUAUGCUUCUAAUUUUGCAUGUGUCAGGUUCAUUAGUUAUAUUAAUAGCUAAUUUUACAAUAGAAUAUUUGUUUUUUAUGACAAGGUCUAGUUUUAUAUUUUUUUAUUUGCUAUAAGGAACUUUUAGAAUGUUUUCAUUUUCAUCAAACCUUUCUGAAAACUAAACUCUGUAGAUUAGUUCAUUUUGAUAUUAGCAAACUACGGUGUUUUGAUUUAACAUUUUCUGUUGAGACUAUGGUAAGCAAUAUCGGUGCCAGUUUUGACUAUGCAAGGAGCAGGGGGUGGCAGCAAAAAUGAUUUUAUGUAUUUGCUCAGUUUUCAGAAGGAAGUGAAUUUUCUUAGAUCAUAUUAAUAACUGCUUAAACUGAAGCAAAGGUGAGGCUUUACAUGUUUUAAUUCAUAACGUCAAAGCUGACAUUAGCUUCCCCUACUUUUUGUUAAAUGUUAACCUUUUGUAUUAUAAAAUGGGAAUAGGGUCAUAUUCUACAAUUAACAGAAUAAAUUUGAAAUACUUUUUGCUUACUGCAGGAAAAUAUCUUACCAUAGUUCACAGAAUGGCAUUUUGACACUAUAAACUAUAAAAAUUGUUAGAAUGUCAAGUCAGUAGCUUUCAGCUUUAUUUUAUUAAAUGCAUGGAUUUACUUUUUAAAACAACAUUGCUUUGUAACUUUUAAAAUAUUGCAUUUUCAGUUAAAAGUAGUGGCCUCAUUUCAUUUUUCAGCAAAUUCAGUAUCAUAUUGAUUGAAUUUGCAAAGGUCAGUUGUAUAAAUUCUCUCUACAUGUAUACUUCAAAAGCUUUGUAACAAUUCUUUUGUGAUUUGCAUAAAAUUAAGAUGAAUGAAGUAUUUAAAAACAAA